CGUCCUCCAUGUCGUUCAUGGGUUGGAAGUGGAAAAAGGGACGCAAAAGAAAGAUUAAAAGACAUCCAUCAAAUUUUCCAUCCUCAGAAUGACUUCUCAACCAACAGGCCAUCAAGUUGAAGCCGUCAGCACUGUGGCACACGCAUUCGCGCAGCUCCUGAUCUCCCCGUCUUCAAGCCGAGUGGAAUCUCUAUGCCACAGCGUCACUCCAGCCGAGCUAAGGAGAUUGAAGAGAUAUUUGGCCCAGAUAUGGCUGGAAAAGGAUACGUUUCUGCCUUUGCUGUCUCUCUCUACCGGACUCGCGCGCUGCCAUGAUCGCAUAGCACAGGCUCUAGAGCAGAUGCUCGAAGAGAGGUAUACUGGCAGCCUGACUGACGACAUCCAACAUGAAACCAGCACAGAUUCCCUUCCGACAUCGAAAUUGUGGAAGUUCGCAUAUGUCCUCGGAAAACCACCGAUGGGCUUUAGAGCAGAAGUCGCCAUCCGAGAGGAUGCGGCCAAGGUGUUACCAGAACUGUUGUCAUUACUGCGAACAUGGAACAACCUCGUCGAAGAUCUGGUACCAGACGACCCAGAUGCCGCUGAAAUGGAUGGCAACGCAAAAUCUAGGAAACAUCCAAAGCCACAGAUCGAUAUGACAGCUUUCCAAGGAUCCGUCAGCAUUCGUACGGGAGCUGAGAACCUGCAUCAAACAUUACAUCGAUGCUGGCCUUGCCAAUCAGAUGAUCAUGACCAUGAUGGUGCUCUUGGGGAAUGCAUGGAAGCUGAACUACAGCUGGAGCCGCAGUGGAUCACGCAUGGUAACCAGGAAAACUCAUUCUUCCUUAUCCUCAAGGGCUCAGAAAUUAGCCAAGAGUGCAAGGUUCACCUCUCCCAUACAUCUGAUCGUGAUUUCGAACUAGAUGACGAAGAAGCCGCGUGUCUGUUGAUCUACGACGACUGGCAGGAUUACUGCUUAUACCUAGGCUCCGAUAACACGGGGCAACUCUGGGCCUACCCAUCCGAGGCCCUUGAUGUACAGCUCAAGAUCCAGACUGAUCUUCAAAGCGAGGCCGAAUUCAAGCUGCUGUCACUUGAAGAUCUCUUUCAUUCCCUGGAGCCCACCUAUGCCGCAAAACGAGUGAUGGAUAUGAUCCUCGCUAGAUCCCUACUGCUUUUACUGGACGGGCCUUGGGUGACGCCUUGCCUAUCUCUGCAGAACGUCUCAGUGUUUUGCAGAAUAGAAAACGGUACACCCCAGCCCCAGUUUGACAAGAUAUUCAUCUCCACCCGUUUUGGCCAUGACAUUGACCCGCAAUCCUUACGAAAACAACGACUUCCACAUCCCUUUCCCGCAAUCCAAGCUCUUGGGGUCCUCAUGGCAGAAAUCGAGCUUGGAGAUGACCUUCACGGGAUAUACAAGGACAUGGGCCCAAAAAGCGGGAUCACGAGGCAGGGACUUGUGGCCAAGAGACUGCUCAAAGAAUGUGAGAAACGACUGCCUCUUGGUGCCGGAGUCCUGAGAUCGAUUAGGUUUUGCAUUGAAAGAACCUCGUUUCAAAAGAAUAUACGACGAUCUCCCGUUGGUCUUAUACAAGAUGACACGAAAUUCAUCGAGUCUUAUUACAAUAACAUUAUCCGACCGCUUGAAGAGGACCUGGUCCUGGGCGCGUACUGGUCGUGGGAUGAGAUCAACUGGCGAGCAUCUCGCAAGCUGGACGACUCCGGGAUCUCCAAGAUUAUAACAAUGGCUGCCGCUCCUCCUCCUCGUCCACCGCCAUCAACGAGCAACUAUGGGGGGCGGAAUAUUUUGCCAGCCAGUCUGGAGACUUUGGAAGAGGAGAAGGUAGAACAACAACCUAGGUUUCAGCAUCCGCGCCAGGGACACAACAUCCCUGGACUCGUUUUCGAUGGCGGGACGUGCGAUCUCGCCGUGGGAGAAAUGUAGGCCAAGCUACUAACGUAG